ACUUGCAGAAACAUUUAACUAACACGAAGCGUUAUUUUAGUUAACUAAAAUAUGGAGACAUCGGACAGCGACAAAGCUUUAGGGAAGUGCUCUUUUGAGGAUGCUUUAGAUAUAAGCGGCUUCGGCAAAUACAACUACGGUAUGCUCUCGGUCUGCUGUCUACUCAUUCUCCAGAUGUACAUCGAUAUCUUCGGCUUGUCAGUUCUUCUGCCUAGCGUUUCCUGUGAUAUGGAUCUGACGACAAACGACCAGGGGCUUCUGUGUGCUGUACCAUUGAUCGGUAUCAUGGUGUCAUCCUACGCCUGGGGCCUGUGCGCAGACACGCUGGGUCGACGGAAAACCAUGAUCAUAGCUAUGCCGAUCGGAUUGCUCUUGACUUUGGCGACCAGCAUAGCACCCAACUUCACUAGUCUCUGCUUAUUAAAACUCCUGUCUGCUGGAUUUUCUUCGGCCGCAAACGCCUCCGCUUUCGUGUUACUCGGUGAGACAGUGCCGCGGGAGCGCCGCAGUCGGUUUAUGUUCCUCAUGGCCAGCGCCACCAUGGUCGGCCAACUUAUCAUAUCUUUGCCAGCACUACCAGUCUUUUCCCUGAAAUUCCACAUCUACGUACCAUGGCUGUCGAUCGAAUACCGCCCCUGGAGGUUGCUGAUGCAGAUUCUGUGCAUUCCUGGAGGCCUGGGACUCAUUGGCAUAGUACUUCUGGAGGAGAGCCCCAAAUUCCUCCUUAGCAAAGGCCUGGAGCAAAGAGCUUUGGAUGUUUUGAAGAAAAUGUUUCACUCCAAUACGGGAUUACAUUAUGACAACUAUCCAGUUAAAACACUACACCUCGAGAAGUCGGAACUAAAGAACAGUACGAAUUCCGGCUCCUUCUUCCGUCACAUGUGGAACCAGACGGCCCCACUGUUCAAGCCCCCACUCCUGAAGAACUCCCUUAUAUUGUAUUUUAUUCUACUGUCCGCUUAUAUGACGUCGACCGGGUUCACUAUGUGGGUGCCAUCGAUGACCAACGCUUACUUUAACGGCGGCGAUACAACUGGCAAGACGUUUUGCGAAGUGCUGACCGCGUCCAUCGCUGUCACAUCAACAAAACACGACAAUUUCACAAGCAGUAUUAACAAGGAUUGCGACCACGUCAUCCAACCGCUAACAUUAUACGCUGUGAUGGUGUACUCCGGCCUCUGUGGGACUCUGAACCUCCUGCUCACCUUCGUGGUGGGCCCCCUGGGGAGGAAGAAGACAACACUACUCGUGUUCAUCGUCUGCAUUACUUGCGGAGUUGUCCUAAUGUUCAUAAGAGUACCAAUGUUGAGCAUCUUGAUGUUCUACAUGUUUCCGUAUGUGGCUCUUAUACUGGGUAAUAUUAACAGCUACCUGGUUGAGUUGAAUCCAACGUAUUUAAGAGGCAUGGCGACAUGUCUGUCAGUGGUGGUGGCGCGGGGCUUCGGCUUCGCGAGUGUACAACUGAUCGGAAGGCUGCUGGUUGCCAACUGCGAGCCUAUGAUUGCCGGGUACAUCGUGAUAGUCAUACUUGGCCUAAUAACAGCGUGUUUCUUGCCACCUGACGUCAAAAACAUCGCACACACCACUAAAUGACAUGAUACGUCGUCAUUGCGCAA